UUUUUAAAACCCGGUUGUUUUUUUGUUUUUUUUCUAAACUCAAACAAAGUACUAGGUUCUUUUUCUCUGUGUCUCUCUCACUGUAAAUGGCAAAGGUUUUGUUUCGUAAUCUUCGUAGAGCUUCUUCACUUCUCAGAUUCUCACUUCCUCUCAGGUCAAAUUUCAAAGCCCAGGAAUCGAUUUUCACAAUAACCAAGCACUUUCUACCACUCAACCAAACAAGCCCUUCGUGGGCUUUCAGAAACUUGAGCCAUGGUUCGGUGAAUCUUGUGAUAUCACAAGGAAAGCCUAAGUUUGAAACACAUGAGGUGGAUCCUCCCAAGAAGCACAAAUGGCAGACCAAGAAGAGGCUGAAGAUGCAGAGGAAGAAGGAGAAGCAGAAGAGAAAAUCAGCCAAUAAGAGGGACCCACGUUAUCUUGGUGUCAAGGGGAAGAAGAAGCAGAAGUUUGCAAAUGCCGAGGAGAGAAUUAAGUACAAGCUUGAAAAGGCCAAAAUUAAGGAAGCUAUGCUGAUUGAAAGACUGAAGCGUUAUGAAGUUCCCCAAGCUCAGGGUCCAGUGGUAAAGCCCCAUGAGCUGACUGGGGAGGAGCGGUUUUAUUUGAAAAAAAUGGCCCAAAAGAGGUCUAAUUAUGCGCCAAUCGGUAGAAGAGGAAUAUUUGGAGGUGUUAUUCUUAAUAUGCAUAUGCAUUGGAAGAAACAUGAAACUGUUAAGGUCAUUUGCAAUUCUUGUAAACCUGGGCAAGCGCAGGAGUAUGCACAAGAAAUUGCUAGAUUGAGCGGUGGGAUCCCUAUUCAGAUUAUUGGAGAUGACGUCAUAAUAUUUUAUCGAGGAAAAGACUAUGUCCAGCCAGAAGUUAUGUCGCCUAUAGAUACAUUAUCCAAGAAAAGGGCACUUGAAAAAUCCAAGUAUGAGCAAUCACUUGAAUCCGUGCGGCGCUUCAUUGCUAUUGCUGACAAGGAAUUAGAGCUCUACUACAGGCACAUUGCACUUUAUGGUGACCCAAAUGAUAGGAAUCCCAUUUCCAUCUUGGACGAGCCAAGAAAAGACUAUAAGAAAUCAGGGAAAUAUGAAAAGAAAAGCCUUGAUUCAACUAGUGAUUGCUUUCACACAGCCCUUUCAGAUACAGAAGCAGAUUCCACAGAGGUAUCAGAAAGUGAAGAUGAGGAUUUAUCUACAAGUGAAUCAUAUUCUAAUAAUGACAGCAUAUUUUAUUCUAAUGAUGAAGAAAAAGAACCAAGCUCUUCUAUGUUGGAAGAGAGCUCCAAUACAAUAUUAGGUUUGCCACCAAUGUUUGAGAAUAAAUAUGAUUCUGAUAAUCAAAAUUUCCUAAGAGAACACAUUAUAGACAUGAAAAAUUAAAUUGAAUUUCUUA